CUUGAGCCGACCUCGUUUACAAUAGUCUUCCAUUCAAAAUUGGGAAAAAAGGGCCCAGAUGCAGACUCAGCUACUCCCAGCUGCGCCCACACCAUCAGCUGCAGCCAAGGCAUUGCUGGAACCAGUGGUAGAAGGGAUAAGACUGGGAGGUCUGGUGGAGCUCCAUAGCUUAUCGGAUGCGGACCAGCAGGCAUUUAGCGAGAACAUCAACGGUACCGUGGGACAAGCAGUGAGCUUCGAUAGCGCCUCUGACAAGUUCCAUGUGUAUUUGAGCUGUGGGGCUGCUGGCUAUUUCAGUUCGAAGAAUGUUCGAGCAGUUGAGGCUCCAAAGAGGCCUGGUGAAGGAGGCAGUGCUGAUGCCUUUGACGUCUUAGUUGGACCUCGAACUGAUGGCAAAAUUUUGGGCGGUGAGAUUUCCACUUGCCUCAUGGAGAAGGGCUUUUGCGUCCUCCGGAUAUGUCAAAGUGCACGUUUGGCCCAAGGGGCUCAACGCCUGAUGAAGGACUUGAGCGACAUGAGCAGAUUGCAACGCUUCCCAGAAGAAGUGGAGCAGGGCUACUUGGGCUUUGGAUGUCGUGGGAAGAUUGCCUGGAUGGACUCUGGAGAGCUCGAUCAGGAUGCAGCAUUGCACAGCAACAAUGCCAACCUGUCCUUCCUUGCACAGUCCAUUCAGCCCUACGCCGGAGAUGUCUUGGAUGGGCAGCUGGAGUCACGCACUCCGGGCUUGGUUUGUUUGACCAUUGAUAGCACUGGGGAUGCAGAACUGCCGUGUCCAGAGGCCAACGAUGAGUCUCUUGGGUCUUUCUUGCAGACCUGGAGGCGGACUUUAGCUCGAGCCGUUCACUUCAUGGGGCCAUACCCGGCCGAAGUGGAGCUGGAUGCGCGGGAGACGCCCAAAGCCUCCAAGGUGCCAAAUGUGCUGGAGAAUGUGAAACUGCGAGCUGUGCCGAACACGGUGCUGUUGUUCCGGCCAGACGUGUAUGACUACACAUGUGCAGCUCCAAAAGAUAGCCUCAUGCUCAUCACCAACUACCUCGCCGCAGUUCCGGAGAUGGUCUUCGGGAGCAUCCAAGGAGACACAGAAUGGCUGUUGAAAGAAGAUGGCCCCCCUCCACCAGUUGGAAGCGAACACAUUCAUGUGGUCAACACGGUCGCUCGUCUCCCUGGAAAUGCCGACAGCCAAUAUGCCAAUUGGUCGGCAUUGAGAUCCGGCUGCGACACCAUCGUUCAAGUGCCCAUUACUCGUUGGGAUGUUGGGGUCUACUGGACGGACAAUGAGAAUGCCUUCGAACCGUGGCAAACUACGACUCGACAUCAGUCGCUCUGUGAAGGGGCCGAAUUUUUUGACAACAGAUACUUUGAGAUUUCCAACAACGAGGCAAACAGCAUGGAUCCUGUGCAGCGAUUGGUCCUUGAAUGUGGCGCUCAGAGCAUGGCCAUGGUUGGCUUGACCAAGAAGGAAUGCAAUCGCAAAUCAACGCAUGCUGGCUUUUGCGUCGGCAAUGACAAACUGGAUUGGAUGACGUGCGACAAGGAGGUCACUCCAUCUGGAACCAGCACUGUGUUGGCCAUCAUUGCCAAUCGAUUUAGCUUCGUCUUCAACCUGAAAGGGCCAAACUUUGUGUGUGAUACGGCGUGCUCAGCCUCUUUGACCUCAACGCAUUGCGCCCGAUUUAUGAUUAGCAAUCAGCAGUUUGAUCCUCUGGAGUUCUUCAUCUCGAUGGGUGCUCAUCUGUGUUUGUCGCCGGGGCCCUUCAUUGGAUGCUCCCAGUCUCACAUGUCGAGCCCCAAGGGCAGGUGCUUCACCUUCAACUCCUCUGCAGAUGGUUAUUUGCGGGGUGAGGGAGUCAGUGGAUUCAUGAUGAAGUAUGGUGCCUAUACCACAGAGCAGAGCAUGUCCAUUCUCCGUUCCACUGCGUGUGGGCAGGAUGGUCGAAGUGCCUCGCUGACAGCUCCAAAUGGUCCUGCCCAAGAGGAGAUGGUGACAAGGGCAAUCAAAGAAGCCUUGAUGACACCUCCAGAGUCUACGGCCUGGGAAUGCCAUGGCACAGGCACAUCGCUUGGAGAUCCCAUUGAGGUUGGAGCAGUGCGCAAAGUUCAAAUUAGAAAGCCGCGCACAGAGCCGUUGAUGAUUGGCUCUGCGAAGACAAACAUUGGGCACUUGGAGGGUGGUGCUGCGAUGGGUGGAAUUGUGAAGUGCAUCAUGCAGUGCCGCAAUGCCAAGUGCGCACCAACUCAGCACUUGCGGACCUUGAAUCCGCACUUGGAGCACGCCAUGUUCGAUGCACACUUUGAAACCGAGCCAUUGGCCUUUGCCACAAACCAGGGAAAUUCCCAGGUUUCGUCCUUUGGAUUUGGAGGAACCAAUGCUCAUGGCAUCUUCUGGGGACAGAAUGUGACCAUCAAGGAGGAUGUAGAGAAAGUGUGGAUGAAGAAACUGCUGUCACGGCCUCCACCGGAAGUGCGGCCCAUGGGUCUGGACUAUGACAAAUGGGAGGCUGACUUUCCAGACACGAGAAUGCUUCGGAAAGGUCACAAGUUCAGCCUGUCCAUGGGUCCAGAUGAGGGCAACGAACCCUUGAGGUGGGACGUGGUGGACGAGCGUCGCGAGAUUGAAGUGGAUGAUGCCGAGGCGACUUUCGCAAUCACUGGCAACUUCAACAACUGGGACGAGGAGGAGGCCAUCCCCAUGGAAGAUGGCGAAGUUCCCGGUGUUCAUCGAACGAGCCUGCAGGUGCCAGCAGGAGGGGAGCUCCACUUCCACCUAUUGAAGGGAGGAGAUGUCAAGCAAGUCGUUGGUCCUGAAAUUGAUGGUUGCACUCGAAAGGGAGCUCCCAUCGUUGGACCAAAAGCUGGCUUGACGAACAAGUGGGUGAUCCAAGCUGCAGAAGGGCAAGAUGUUCGCAUUGAGUUCUUCAGCAAAGGAGGUCGGCGGUCGAUUCUUUGGAUUUUAUCCAGAGACGGAGCUGGGCCUCUGCAAACCGGUGACGACGAGUAAGCGAUGAGUUUCGUUGGAUGGCUUUGAAAGUGACGAAUCUUCGCGAGACCCUUCGGAAAAUCAA